GCUUCUAUCAGUGUGAAAUGGGCUGUUGGUGGUGUUUGCGUGCCUUUUAGAUAGUUAGCUUGCUAGUUUUGGAACAUAACUCCUUGCUGCUUUUAAAAGAAGUAUCACUGUCUAUGAAGGUGCCAUGGUUUCCAGAAGGAUGAGAUUGUAGAGAAAUUGGCAGAGAAAAAUGAGUUCAUAGAGAAUUCGAUGCAAAGAACUGAAGUCCUAGUGAAUAAAGACGAGUACCGUUUGUACUUUCCGGGACGCCGUAGAACUGAGAAGAAAAUGGCGCUUGGAAGAUCAGCAACAGCAUAGACAUAUGUCUGUGAGCAACAGUACCUGCAAGAUAAAGGCUGAAAACCUUCUGACAAUUUCUAUUAAGUAAAUCUACUCUGGUAACGUGGAAAGAAACAGCUCAUGUUAAAUGUGUGUUCUGCACGAAUUGACUUCAAGGAGCUUAUAGCAUUUCUUCAGAUUUUCCUGUGUGACCUCGACAGAACAUUUUCGUUGUGCAAUGACUCUCAUCAGAUCUGCCUUUAUGCAAAACAGACGUCUGUGGCUCCCUGUAUUAAACUACAUCAGAGCGAUGUCAUCGGAGGGGGGGCCCACCUCUCCUUUUUCCACGCUGUCAAUCAGUCACCCAACCGAGGCCAUCACCCACGUGGAGCUGCACCGCCCUGAGAAAAGAAAUGCCAUGAACAGGGCGUUCUGGAGUGAAAUGGUAGACUGCUUCACCCAGAUUGCUGACGAUUCAGAAUGUCGAGUUGUGAUUGUCUCAGGCGCUGGAAAGAUUUUCACUGCUGGUAUUGACUUAAUGGACAUGGCCAGUGACGUCCUGCAGCCUGAGGGGGAUGACAUUGCGAGAACCUCGUGGAACUUGCGACGCAUCAUUAGCAAGUAUCAGGAGACUUUCUCAGUGAUUGAAAAGUGCCCAAAGCCAGUAGUAGUUGCAGUGCAUGGAGCUUGUGUUGGAGGAGGUGUGGAUCUCAUCACCGCCUGUGACAUUCGCCUUUGUACCCAGGAUGCUUGGUUUCAGGUUAAGGAAGUUGACAUUGGUUUGGCGGCCGAUGUGGGCACGCUGCAGAGACUUCCCAAGGUCAUAGGUAGCCGCAGCCUGGUGAAUGAGUUAGCACUGACGGCACGCAAGAUGUACUCUGACGAGGCCAAGAACUCUGGACUUGUCAGCCGGGUGUUCCCAGAUAAGGAGUCCAUGAUGGCUGGGGCCCUGGAGCUGGCGGGGGAGAUGGCGGCCCGCAGUCCUGUGGCUGUGCAGGGCACCAAGAUGAACCUCAUCUACUCACGCGACCACAGUGUUGCUGAGGGCCUUCAGUACAUGGCCACAUGGAAUAUGAGCAUGCUGCAGACACAGGAUGUCAUGAAGUCCGCUCAGGCAGCCAUGGAAAAGAAGAGUCCCAAAGAAGUGACUUUCUCAAAGCUCUAAGGCCCCAAAGGCCUGUGGGAAAGGUGCACAGUAUGUAUGCCGAUUAGGACACUGGAAGGUGUAUAGGUAUGAGUAAAAAAUAUGAAACUAAACCUGUGGACUCUAUUCAUUGUAUGAACUCCAGCAGACUAAUUCUACAAUGACCCUCAUUUUCACCUGGUUUGCCUUAGCAUGGGUGAUGACCCAGGUAGAUAUUUGGCAGGAUUCACUGGUGCCUUGGGGACGGAACACUUCACCUCACAGCCAACAGACACAACCAACACCCUCUGAAGGGUUGUGAUCACAGUGCAACAAGCCUGCUCUCUAUACUCCUGUGUUAAUUUGCCAAUUAAACGUUUUCUUCAAUAAAGUGUUUUUUUUCUGGUUUAUA